GCAUGUUCUCUUCUCGGCUGCUAGGUUUCCUUGCUUGAAAGGCAGGGUGAGGGAGUAGGUGAUCUUUGGAAAGACUUAUUCCGAUAAAAAAAAACACAGCAUUGCUUUCCCUGUAUGCGUUAGUUGUUCUGUUGCCACAAGGUGCAUGGGAUAGUGCUGCAGCAAGUUGCCGUACAAGAAAGCAGCCAAGUGUGUUUUUUUUGCGUGUCGCUCUUUGUCAGUGCUCCGAUCCCUGACCCCAGUGGUAGCUCUCUUCACUGCACUGCACUGCUCUCUCUCUCUCUUUCUCUUCACUCAUUCUAUCCCUCCCCGUCCCCCCUCUCUCUCUCUUGCACACGCUCAGAUCGAGGCUGCUCUCAUUCUCUGUCUGUCUUUCAUUAACACUCCAGCCAGCCGGGGGUCCCACAGGGUCGAAGGUUCUGCCCUGCUUGCACAGACCUCAACCUCCCGGAGCAGCUUGCAUUCUCCAUGGACCAGCUUGUCUAACAACAGUGAGGGCAUCCCUGGGACACAGCUCAUCCAGAAAAAAGAUAUAUAUACAGUAUUGAUGACUUGGUCCUUUGGUUCUGAAAUUGGCCAACCGACAAUGCCUGGUUCAGUGAUUUGUUCUAGAAGGUUGUGAUUUGCACAUGUGCAUACAGAAGAAGGAUGGCUCAUGGAAUUCCAUCACAAGGCAAGGUUACUAUCACAGUGGAUGAAUAUAGCUCCAACCCUACCCAAGCGUUUACUCACUACAACAUCAACCAGAGCAGGUUCCAACCUCCUCAUGUGCACAUGGUUGAUCCCAUCCCAUACGACUCUCCAAAACCAGCAGGCCACACAAGAUUCGUCUGCAUCUCAGACACCCACUCUCGGACAGACGGCAUUCAAAUGCCUUAUGGGGAUAUUUUGCUUCACACUGGCGAUUUCACUGAGUUGGGACUGCCCUCGGAGGUUAAGAAGUUCAAUGACUGGCUAGGAACCCUACCUUAUGACUAUAAAAUUGUUAUUGCUGGAAACCAUGAACUGACAUUUGAUAAGGACUUCAUGGCAGACCUCAUUAAGCAGGAUUACUACCGUUUUCCUUCUGUGUCCAAGUUGAAACCAGAGGAUUUUGAUAAUGUUCAGUCAUUCCUGACAAACUGUAUUUACUUGCAAGAUUCAGAGGUGAAAAUUAAAGGAUUCAGAAUAUAUGGAACACCUUGGACGCCGUGGUUUAAUGGUUGGGGUUUUAACCUACCCAGAGGCCAGUCUCUUCUAGACAAGUGGAACCUAAUCCCAGAAGGCAUUGAUAUCCUUAUGACUCAUGGACCUCCUUUAGGUUUUCGGGACUGGGUUCCAAAAGAAUUACAGAGGGUUGGCUGUGUGGAACUGUUAAAUACAGUACAAAGACGAGUUCGGCCGAAGCUUCAUGUGUUUGGAGGGAUCCAUGAAGGUUAUGGCAUUAUGACAGACGGUUACACAACAUACAUCAAUGCCUCAACGUGUACAGUCAGCUUUCAGCCAACCAAUCCUCCAAUUAUAUUUGACCUUCCAAACCCUCAAGGUUCAUGAAGCACUAAUGCACAUUUAUGGAGGAGAAGGUCUAUAAACUGCCAUGUUUUCUAUGAAAGUCCAAGAAAUCCUGUUAAAUGUUUUUUCCAGAUGAUGUGCUCUUCUUCUUCUUCUUUUUUUUUUGUAAACCGCUGAAAAGAUAAAGAAGUUGAAUGAGAGUCUGGCUUUUUGGCAGUGGAGUACUUUCAGAAUGAUGAAGCAUUGUGAAGUUGUAAAACUAUUUUGUUUGCAGUUGGUGGAAAAAAAUAUGUAUCUUCCAUUUGUAAAAAAUGUUAGAUUUCCAUUAAAGGACAGUGAAGCUUUCUUUUAAGAAGUGGAAUGCUGUUUUUUUUCCCCUUUUUAUAUAAUGUUUUGGACUUCAGUCACCUUAAGAAUUUGCACUUACAUUAUGAAGAUGGUGUACAAACCCUUCAUUUUACUAAUAAAAUCAAUUGACUGCAGAGUGAUCAUAGCUGCAUUUGUGCUGCAGACUCUUCUAGCGCAGUUGGUCCUUGCUAUGAGAAAAUAUGGAUCAUUAGCAGUGUAACUGAAGACAUUGCUCAUUAGCCGUAUCCAACUCUGAAGAUACAGGACCUGCAUUUGUUUUCAUUUCAGAACCCGUAAAACGUCUGGAUACUGCAAGCAUUACAGCAAGCAUACCUGUUCCAGUAGUGUAGAGGUGCAUUCAGGACUUACUGUAAACUGUACCAAGUAUGUUAAAGUUGUCUGUAAUUAUUAUAUGUUCAUGAUACCUCUGUAAAUCAUAAUGAGUAAAUUAAUUUACACAUUUGAAUGACCUGUUUUUUUUAGAUGGUUUCACUAUGGGCAGUAGCUUACAUAAUUUAUCAUUUUUCAAGGAGACAUACUGUGCAUGCAGUGGAAGUGAACAUUUGAAAUGCAGAGCUAGCCUGAUUGGUAGCUAUAUGUUUAUAAAAUUAGCUUACUGCAUUGCACAGAUCUGCCUUGGCUCCAGUAGUUAGAUGCUGUAAGAUUUGUCAUGUUUUCUGCAGGAUUACACAGGAGAAGUUAAAGAAGUACAUCAGCUUGGCUGGUGGUAAUGGAGUUACUGUUGGCACAUAUCUUUGUUACCUUGUUCAUAUAGUACUCAAAGUUAUUUGUCAUACUGGACAAAGUUAGAGCCAACUUUCGGAUCUUUAAUUGCCAUUGGAAAGUAUUUGCAGUCUUGUUUACAUAAACCAUGUAUAGGAAAUGAACAGUAAUGAUGCUCAUCAUGUCCCUGUCUGCACUCAAGGUGGGCUGUCACUUGAAAUCAGGAGAAAAAAGAGUUUGAUCCCUUUCCCAUCUGGGUCUUUGGACUUGCAAUGUAUGCUUUUAUCAGUUUAAAAUAUAUAGAUUCACUCUGUCAUGGUUUAAAGUAGCCUUGAACUAGAAUGUUAGAUCUUUAACAUGGAACCCUGAAAUGUUUCUUUUUGCUGAGUCUCUAGAACACUAGAUAGAUUAUUUGUGGCCUAAGCCUAUUUUGAUAGAUGAUUCUAUGAAUCUUCUGAAAGGACACCUUUUCCCUUCUCCCUUCAGGAGAAUUGCACUUCUGACUUAAGUCUAACAGAUGACUGUCAAUAAAAUAAGCAUCACAAAUAACUGGGACUUAUGCUUUUUCUAUUGCUGGUUUUCCAUGCAUUUUGUGUGGUAGCACUGAACUCACGUUAUUUGAAGUACUUGUCACAUUUUAACUUUGGAAAUGUUUUGUAGGAUAAUUGUGGAAGGACAGGUUUAGCAUGUGAUAUGCCAUAUAUACACUUUCAUUUUAUUUCUCGUCUAUGCCCAUUUGCAGCAACUUACAACCUAUGUGGCACCAGUUACAUCAUUUAUGUAUCUACAUUUAGGAAGUGCAUGUAACUUUUUACAGUGCUGCAUUAUUAAAUCUUCAGUGUCUGGAGUUACUUGUGUAGAUUCCAGUAUGCCUGUGCAUUGACUGAAACAAUUAAGCCUGGUUAAAAUAAGGCUUAGUUGUCCUGUACAUUUGAAUAUUAUUGUAUUUGCCAUUUUCUUUUUCUUUCUUUUUUGCACUGUGUGUAAAUGCAAUCCUGCUAGCACAAAAUGUUUAGCAUAUAUAUUUUUUUUGCUCUGCCUCUGUAAAUGCCAAGCUUUUUCUUGACGUUUGUUUAAUGGAAUUUAGUAAAUGCAGUUGGUCAUUUAAAUUUAUUGUGAUAUUAUAUAUUUAGCGCCUUUAUAUGCAAAUAAAAUUGCAAGAUUUUUA